GUUAUUGCAUUCCCUCAGAUAUUCAUUAUUGUAAGUUAUAGUACCUAUUCUGAACACAAAGUGAGAAUGGACAUUCGCUCCCCUUUGAGCAUGCCUGAUAUAAAGAAAGUGAAGAUAAGUUCUCCCAAACACACUCCUGAUGCUGAAUACCUCUCAAGGAGAAGGUGUGGGAUGGCAGAAAGUCUUGAGGAGACUGCAAAGCCAACAUUGGAUACAGUUUGGCUGAAAUCAAGAAAUAGUACAGAUAACGACAGAAAAGCUAACAACCCGUUUGUGCUUCCAAUGGAUCGUAACCUCUUCAAAAAGAGAGAGAUCGACUCUGUAAUCAAACAACAAGAGAAGAAGUUCUUCAGCAGCCUGCCGACCCAGAUGAAGAGUACCCACCUGUCCCGACUCAGGUGCCGCUCUGCCCCCAUGAGGAGCGCUGUGGAAGACACCAUCUCCGAACCAGAGAAAUGCAGACGGGAAAAAACAACAUGUGCCACCGUGGUCACUAAAAGUUGCAGUCAAGAGAGGGAGAACAUUAGGGACUACUUGUCUAAACAGCGAGAAAAGUUUAUGCAGCAGUACUCUCUGUCAGUGAAGCAAGACACCAUCAAGAAGCUGGAGAAGGACACAGUGAUAGAGCUUCAGUUGAUCAGACACGCUGAGAAACAUCUGGAACAGGACUCAGUCGCCUUUGAAAAGUUCAUCAAGGAAAACGACCAAAGAUCAGUGGAAGCUGUCAAGUUGGCAGAGAAAGAGACUAUGAUCAAAAUGGAGAAAACAGCAGAAAUUAAAAAAGUAACAGUACAAAUGAUGGCGAUAAAAAGCGACAUCUCAAAGUAUCAAGAAAUCCUGAAGGAGUACCAGACCUACAAAACGUUUCUCAUGGCCGUCGGACCCAUGGAGUGGCGUGAGGAACAGAAGCGCAAGAGGGAGGACAGGAGAGCAACCAAGCAGAGGGAGAGAGAGAAUACAAACAUUUUCUGUCUUCCUUCAUCGGUCAAAGACAGAAAUAAAAAAGGUCCGGCGUAUGCCAGACGCAAUUCAAGAGUCACAACAAAUUCUCAGAUAAGACAUCAAAGCAAAAGCGGCAAAGUCAGCAUCAUCCUUCACCACCAGGAGAGACAGGGGUCCACCAUCCCUGAGGUGCCAGAGACAGCAGAGACCUCAGACAGUGACGAGGAGCCAGAGUUGUGUUACUCCAACCCCAGGGACAUGCUGAAUUUGCUGACUGAUCUGGAGGAGCAGAACCUGUCCUACAUCCAGAACUUCCAGGAGACAGAGGAGGUCAUGGAUGAGAUCCGCAAAACCAUCCAGUUGACACAGGAAAGAAUGAACAGUGAGGCACGGAUCCUGCUACAGCAGGUAGACAUCCUGAAGAACACCAUCCAGCGGGAGGAAGAGAAGACCUCUGAGCUGGAGCUCAAGUCCAGGAUCUUCUCCUACGGAGAGUACAGAGCUGACAAACAGGAUGUGAUGCUCAAUGUGCUGCACAAGAAGGUGAAGGAAGUGUACAGGGUGUGUGUGGGAGAGGUGGACUCCAAUAUCAGCACUCUUCACAUGCUGGCCAACAUCGAGAGCAGAAUGCAGGACAUUAUGGACGGACUGGAGACACUGCCCCCGGACAACAUUGACACCGUCCGCACCCAGAGGGAGAAGGAGAAGAGGCUCAAGAUGCGUGAGGAGAAGCUGUUGAUGAAGAAACGCCACCAGGAGGAGAGACUCCGGAUGGCUCUGGAGAGAGCCACCUCAGUCAGCAAGAAGAGGACGGGCAGAAGGCUGAUGCCACGAUCGAAGCCAUCAGAGAUCAAGAAGGACAAGACACACGCGCUGACCACUAGAGAGCAAGAAGACGCCUUGUACUUCUUUGCCUGAUUAUUUUUAAACCAUCAGUAUUCACAGACAAUAUAAGACAGUGACUGAUUUUAUAUGAGCUUUUGUAUACAGUACCAAUCAAAAGUUUGGACACACCUACUCAUUCAAGGGUUUUUCUUAUAAAAAAAAAAAAAAACUUUU